AUGAUGCGGGUUUUACAAGGCGUGUGCGCCUUGCUGGUCGCGCACGUGGUCGCUGACCACAAGGAUUUCCUUGCCCAACCGGGGAAGAUUGCCGAUCAGACAUUUUUACAACGGCAGAUAGAUCUCUACAAACUUUACACACACGUAACUGAGCCCCUAUACGAUAAGGAACUGAAGACCAUCGCCGACACUUGGGACUUGGAGAAAAACAUCCAGAAAUUCGAAAAUGUUACCGCACUGAAGGUAUUCUUCGAUCUAAAGGAAUACAACAUGUUGCUGCCUCGUUCGGUUCCAUUUAACAUCUUGGAACCCAGACACCAAUGGGAGGCAGUAACUCUAUUCAACGUUCUGUAUUCAGCAAAAGACUACACCACUUUCUACAAAACAGCAGUUUACUUCAGAGAACUUAUCAAUGAGGGUUUGUUCAUCUACGUGCUAUCUGUAGCUAUUCUUCACUACCCAGAAACUCAAGGGAUCAUUAUUCCACCCAUAUACGAAGUGUUCCCAUCAUAUUUCCAUAACGCGGAAAUCAUGAACAUUGCACAGAGAAUCAACAGCCAUGGCAAGCGUUACGUGAAGCAGUAUCCCCAGACAUAUCUUUGGGAAGACAAUGUGGUUAUCAAAUGGAACACGACAAUCUGGCCUUAUGUAGAGAACUACGCCCCAGUUUCGUACUAUUUGAAUGACUAUGCUCUGAACGCACUUUACUAUAACUAUCACCUGACUUAUCCAUUCUGGAUGAGUGGGAAGCAAGGUCCUCUAUCGAAAUUCAAACGCGGAGAAAUGCUCUAUUUCGCCAGCAAACAGUUUGUGACUCGUUAUUACUUGGAACGUCUGUCGAAUGGACUGGAUGAGAUUUCGGAUAUCAACCUCAAAUUCGUUGUCGAGGGGUAUUCGAGUGGUCUAGUACAUUACAACGGUGUUCCGUUCCCUGACAGGCCUAACUUUUUCUACCUUUACCAACCGAAACUCAUCAAAUACGUUGAAAAGGUUAAGCUUUUGGAGAGGCGAAUUCGGGAUGCGAUCGAGAUUGGAUACUUCGUUAAUCAAAAAGGUGAGAAAAUUGACUUAAGAACUCCAGAAGCCAUUGAUGUACUAGGAAAAGCUAUAGAAGGAAAUGUUGAUUCUCCCAACAUCUAUUACUAUGGCAGUGUUAUUACAGCCUGGAAAAAUCUAUUAGGAAACUCGGCUGCGACUAAAUACAACUAUUGGCAUGACCAAGUCCCACUGGUUCGCCCUUCAGCGUUAGAACUUUAUCAGACUACUCUACGUGACCCAGCCUUCUACAUGAUAUGGAAACGAGUCCUCGAUCUGAUCACACUCUGGCAGUCCUACCUGCCCGUCUACAAACCUGAAGAGUUAGCUUUCUCCACACUCAAGAUACAGAAAGUCGAAGUUGAUAAACUGGUCACUUACUUCGAGCAUACUUAUCUCAAUGUUACUAGUGCUCUGCCUAUGAACGAGUUUGAAAGUAAAGUUAAAGCAGACGAGUUCAGCGUCUUAGUACAACGUCCACAACUGAACCACAAGAAGUUCAAGGUCCGAGUUUAUGUCAAGAGCGAAGUCCCGAAGACGGUAGUUGUGAAGUUCUUCUUAGCACCCAAGUAUGACAGCAAAGGCUUCGAAAUCCCUCUGCAUGAGAACACACAAAACUUCUUCCAGUUCGAUCAGUUCGUCUAUGAACUACCACAAGGAGAGACGGUGAUCCAACGGGACUCGGACGCGGAUAAAGUAUUCAAGGUCGACAAAUGGACGUCUGGCUAUGACAUAUACAGGAAGGCAUACAACGCUCUGCACGGAAACGGCCAAUUCGUUAUCGAUAACAACAACUUCUUUGAUGGCUUCCCACGCCGACUCUUGAUACCUAAGGGACGUGUCGGUGGUAUGCCGUUCCAAUUCCUGGUAUACAUCCAUGAGUUCCACGCACCAGCCACUCCUUACGGUACAGGAGUCAACCCUGAAAACACGUACGGCAUUGGUACUGGUGCUAACAGGAUGACCAGCUACCCGCUGCGGUUCCCCCUGGACAGACCCUUGCAUGAGUGGCAGAUCAAGAGACUGACCAACUUCUGGCUCCAGGAGGUGCAAAUCACGCAUAAGACUACGCCUGACAUCAUUGUUCCUAACUCCAUGUUCGCUUAAGAGCACAAAAAGUUAAGGCGCACUUACACGGGUAAUUAAAAAUGCUCCCAUAUAGGCAAUAUUUGUUAUAUUAUGUCCAGAAUCAGCUAUGCUAAGUAUAUCAGGAAACGCCAGCUGCUUCAUUUAGCACCACGCCAUAUUCAGAAACGUGUAAAAAAACUGGGAACAUACAUUGAUUGAAAUUAUUUUAAUAUAGUGGCUGGCAAAACCCCGUCCUUGCGAAAGUAAGACGAAAAAGACAGAAAGAAAUUUGGGAAAAUUUCCUAUCCAGCAAUAUCUACUUAUGAAUGACAUUAAGCAAUAUGCAAUAUAAUUUAUUUGAAUCAAUAUUGCCGGUAAAAUUGUCGAACUUUAUUGAAAUUGCUCCAGGUUCCUUCAUUAAUUGCUGCGCAUUGAUCCAAUGGUGUUGACAAGCGAUGGCUGCUCCAUAAAUUUCCCGUGUAAACGCGCAAUAACAAUAACAAAAAAAAACUAUUUAUACAAAUAAACGGCCAUGCCAGAAACCUUUUCACUAUACAAUGUACAAAUAUUCUCAUUGAUGCUAUAAAUAAAUAGUAUAAAUCUCGUCAAUUUACUUUAGAGAUUUGACUGAUUAAUUAUCAUUUUUAAUUAAUAUUAUCAGCUACUUAAAACUUAUGAUUGCUCAAUGGGAUAGACUAUUAUCGUUUUACCAUCAUUUUAUAAAGGCUUAUAAUUUUUUUUGUAUAGUAUGUAUAAUAUUUAUUGAAUGACAUUACCCAUAAGUAUAUUUUUGUUCAUCCUAUUAAUUACAUCGUGUUUAUUAUUGCUUUAAUACCAAAGACUUAUUAAACCCCUUCAGUUAUGCCCAGAAUACUAUAGCCCACAUAACAUUUAAUCUCUCUCUAUCUGUAACGAAAGAGAGAUAGAAACCAACUCGAUACUCACACUGUCGAGUACAUAAAACAGUUACAGAAUAAUUCUUUCAGCUCUCGAAUUAAUAAUAGGCACUACCUACAAUCUACAUAGCAAUCAGCUCGUUAAUAGAUCUCAAUAUUUAUUUUAAGACUUUUGGUAUAUAUAUUGUAUAUUAUGACGUCAUACUCAUUAUCACCAAUCAUCUCAGCCGAUAGACGUAAACUGCUUUACCUUUUUUAUGUGUGGACUACCAAACCUGGGGCACCCCCAGGACCAUUCACCCGCUGAGUGUCGAAUCCCCAAUCGCAUAGUUUAAAUUCGACACUCAGCCGGUGAACGAUCCCCUGGGGGCGCCCCCACAACGUCUAUGAAUUCCACUGCUUGCAUCCAACGACUCCCUAUGACGGUCGGUUCACCUAUAAUGGGAAGUGAAGUGCUUCGUGUAUCGUUGUGUUACAUUCUAACACCCAGCUGGCCUAUUCACUAUUUUGGUCUUUAUUAUCAACCUAUUGAAAUAAACAUCAAAUCAAUUGAGAAAUGUCAUCUGCCUACUUCGUUUAUGUCAACUAACAUACGUUAAAGAUAAUGAAUUGCAUGUCUGGGGUUCUAAUGUCUAUCAUUUCGUCGAACCAUUCGUCGUCGUCCAAUGGUCACUUAUUUGCGGUUUGCAUUAUGUUGGUAACUCUGAUUUGUCUACGGGUCUACGCAACUUGACUGUAACAAGCAGAAACACUACAAGAAUAGCUCUUUCUAUCGUCCGCUUAAUCAUUGCACCUAUCUAAUAUUAAAUGUUUUAGAUUAUUAUGUUGUUAGAAGAAAGAAAUAAAAUGAU